AUGCGUCGGCAAGCUUCCUCUGAUGCGGCGCUGCUGUUCGAGGGCACGGCCGUCGCUGCCGCUGCCGCUGCGAGUAGUGGCGCAGCUGCGUCUGCUUCUUCAACCGCACCUCACGCACCUGCGGCUGGCGCAUGCGAUCUGACGCGUCUCUCCGACUCGCUGCCUGGCAUGGCGCCUACGACCAUCCUACGGCUAGCGACAGCCUUUCAAGCAAAGUCUGUACGCUACGGCGACAUCUACGCCACGCUUUGGCACGAGCUCUAUGGCGCGCCCUCCUCGCCGCCCCCUGCGCCUGCACUGCCGCAAGUGCUGCAGCAGCUGGGCGUGACGCAGAAAGAGGCGUUUCAGGAUGCGCAUGGCUGCGAGUCCGUCUUCUUGCGCCUGCCGGAAGUGGAGGAUGAUUUGAAGAGGGCGUUGCCGCAGGAGUGGGAGGACAGGAUCUGCAUGGCAGCGUUGUCGACUCGGGGAGCAGACGAGCAAGAGAAGUUGGCGCACCUACAACAGGCCGUUGAAGUCGACGGCCUGCCAUACCUCUUGAGGCUACCGCUCACUCCUCGAGCACUAGUGAUCAACGAGCUCCUCCAUCAUCUCCGCUUCCGCAUCGAGCUACUGCGCGACGUUUCCAGUCGGCUCUUCCUCUACGCCGCACAUCGCGAGGAGAUCUCCAGCGCAGGCGCGGCGGGCCGGGACCUUCCGUUCGAGGAGCGCCUGCGUGGUGUGCCCGCUGCUGCUGCGGCCGCCACCGCUGCUCCCGCCGCAGCACAAGCAGGCGGUCCUGCGCGUAUGGAGCGGCGUCUACUUCCUGCGCUGCUGCUCCAAGAGUUGAGCGCCGUCGCAGCGCCGAUGCUCUUUCUCGCCUUCAAGCUCAGCAUUCUCGUCUACGUCUUCACUCGGCAUGCCGGCGACUUGAAGCGUUGGUGCAUCAUCGGCGCUGCCACCGCAUACGUCUUCUAUGAAGGACUGCGGAUCAUGCAGCGUCGUCGACGCGUUCGACAGCGGGAGUUUGCGCAGAGAAUGAUGCCUGGCGCCGCUGCUACAGCACAACAGGAGGCGCCGCAGACGCCACAGGCUCGGCAGCAACCGGCAACGCAGCAGCGCAAUGAGGCUGGCGGCGCUCUGCGUGCGCCGCAGCGGCAUCGUGCCACGUCGCCGCUGACGUUGGCCUUUUGGAUCGAGCACCUCGCCUACCUUUCCCUCGCCGAUGAAGAUGCCGAGCUUGGCCUUAUCUCCUCUGCGCACGCAGCGCCGCAGCCGAAUCAAGUGCAGCGAAGCUGGCGCCACACGAUCUACGCUAAUGUGGUGCUGCCUGCCGCGCUCUUCCUCGGCACCCUGGUGCCCGAGGUAGAGAUCCGUCGACGACGCGCGAUCGAGGAGCGCGAGGAGCUAAUCCGUGCCGAGGCGGCGAGGGAGGAGGUGCGACGGAGGGCCAAGGAGGCGGAGAGGGAGAAGAAGAGCCGCGAGGACGACGAGAAGGCAGCAGAGGCCUCCUCUGCAUCACGCAGCAGCGCGAUACCGACGCCCACGCCUACUGCUACGACGACGCAGCCUCAUCAGCUGCUGGCAUCAGAGUACGCCACUCGCGUCCUGCGUCGCCGCGGCGCAAACGCGCAUGGCAGACAGGUUGACAUCCAGCAGGAGCUGGAUGCUGCGGCUCAGCAGGACGAGGAGGAGGAUGAGGAGCCAGACGACAUGGACAUGGGCUUCUUCUGA